UAUGUUAUAUCAUUUAACGGUCAGCAAUGUUAUCUCAUUCGAUUCUGCGUGUUUGAUUUGUACAAUGCAAUUAUUUAUGGGUCAAGUCAAGUCAUCUAUAUCAAACGAAAUGAAACAUUUCGUAAAUAAACUCUUAAAUUUGUAAGUGACAGAGAUAGAAUGCCAUGUGUAGGUAGUAGGAAACGGGCCCGCGCACAUUUUUUCAUUAGACUCCGUCUCUGGAAGAUGUAUCAUGCAACUAAAAUAUAUUUAUUCGCGAUUGUAAUGAGUUUUUUGUUUGUUCACUGACCGUGCGCGUAUACCACUGAACAAAAGAACAAAAACCGAGCAAUAUAAAUUUAUAAAACAUUUAUAGCUGUUCGGGUCUGCAGAUAUCUGUCAUUGUCAUAAUCUCUGUCAUCGUUUCUUUUAACUGAUGAAACCAGUGGUUGAGUAUAAUAUUAUAAUACAAUUAUUUUUCUACACAGGGUCGGGUCGUCAGAAUAUCGAUAACUGGGCAGCGUUAUAUAAUAAUAUUAUUUUAGUGACUUUUUUCAUUCUUCGUUCUUGUUGUUUGGUUUUUGUUUUUAUAUCAUAUAUGCUUCAAUAGUCUUCAACAGUCUUCACAUAUUUCGACGUAUUGUUGGACCCAAUAGUCAUCGUUCAACAGGUCACACUCAGAACUAGGUUUUUUUUGAAAGGGGACACAAUACGUGUGAGUUAAACGACCAAAACCCAUUGGUGAGCUGGAAAAAUCUACUCAAACCGUUGCUGUUUCACGUUUCGACGUAUUUUUCACUGUUAUUGCCUUUUCGAUGUCUGGCCGUGUCAUAAUGUUACUGUCAUCAUUUAUUCUAACUUUUGAAACCUGGUUUAUAUUUUUCUACACAGGGUUGGAUCGUCAAAAUAUCAAUAAGCGUGCUGGGUUAUAAUAUGAUGUAUGACCUUUCUUUAUAAUUCAUUUUUGUUUUUAUUUUGUUUUUAUACCAUUAUUGUUUUAUCUUGAAGUUUCGCGACGUGUUUUUUUGACCGAAUAGAAAUUGUCUGACAGGCCACCGUCUCCGAAACUAACAUUUUUUUGUAAAGGUUACAUAAUAUGGGAUGUAGCGGGGAAUCUAAAUAAACGUAUGGAGAGAAAAUUAUUUCGUCUUUGACACUCUCGAUCACGUGCACAAAUUGAAUUAGGCUUCGUUAUCGAAGGACAACCCAAACAUCCGUCACAACUGCCAAAAUUACUCCGAAAACGCUCAAAGCCCAUUGGUGAGCUGCAAUAAUCUAUGCGGACCUUCACUGUUUCACGUUACGACGUAUUUUUCGUUAUUAUUGCAUUUCUAUAUUAAUAUGUACUGAAUAGUAAUCCUCUCCACAGUCUCUGGAUCAAAAUUGUGUUUUGAAAAAAAAGCCAACAUAAUAUGGGUGGAUGUGUGUGGGGGAUGGGUCGGGGAAUUUAAUUAAUUGACGUACCGAAAGAAUUUUAUUUCAUCUUGGCCGUUCCCGAUGGCGGUUUUUUGUAUAUUUUAGGCUCGUCGAAUAACCUUUACCGCGUUCGCAGAGUGAAAUAAGCGAAGAAAUACAAAAAACGGCCAUCGUCACUUCAAAAAUGACAUCAAAAAACGACCAAAGUCCAAAGUCGAGCGGCAGCCUCCGUAAACCGUCGCUGUUAACGGCCGGUUCGAAAAGCGUGGAGGACCAGAAGACCCGCCACGACAGCGGAAGUAAGGCUUCACUGUCGGCCGUCAAGUGGCACUCGGCGCCGGCGACGGAACGCGAAGACGGCAGACCGUCGUCAGCGUCCACGUACAAGUCGACAUCUGCGACGAUCGAAGUGUCGGCGGCCGGUGGCGGUGGCGGUGGUGGUUGGAGACCGCUUCAGAGGCAAAAGGUGGUGACCGCGGCACCGACGCUCGAAGAGGACGAGGAUGGACGUCCGGCGUCGGUGGCGGCCGAUGCUGACCGGUCACCGCGAAAACGGUCGGCGGUAGUGCGUCGCGGUUACAGUUGCCAGGAACCGUGCGCCGCCCGUCGGCCGAUGACGAUGAACAAUUGUGGUUGCGUGGCCGUUGGUGGAGUGGGCGGUGCCAUCACGGCGGCUGGCGAGAACAGGAGACGCUGGCUGUCGGCGGACACAAGUGGCAGCGGCCACGCAGUGGCUGGCACCAGCCGAUCUAUGGAGUGCCUGCCGUCGCCCCAACCGCCGUCCACGUCACACCACCUGCACCGGAGCAGUUUCAUAAUGGCCGCGGACGACCGCAAGUCUCUGGACAGUGGCCUGGAUGACGUUGCGGCCACGGCGGCCGCCGCUGAGAUGGCCGACCGCCGGCGCGGCAUGUUCGCGUCCACCCGGACGUCCGUGCCGUCGCACCUGUCGCUCGCCUUGCCGUCAUGCGAGCGCCGGUUGACCAUCCUUUCACCACACACGCACACGCCGUCCACUCCUUUCUACUCGUCGUCGGCGUCCACUGAGACCGCUUGGCACUUUUGCACGUCGUCCACAGCCUCCACCAUGUCGUCGUCCACGUCGUUCGCGUCCCACCCAGCUGCGGCUGCGUCGUCCACGUCCACCUGCCGUUCACGCAAGAAGAAUCGGCCCGGCAUGGUGUUGCCCCGUCUCGUGCUUCCCGGAAGUUCCGACUUGGACAUAUUCUCACAUUUUGAUGUGGAAAAUGGAGCUGGCACAAGCCCUGGUAGAUCACCGCUGGACGGUGGAGGCACAUCCCCGUCAGCUGGUCUGGUGCUACAAAAUUUGCCACAGCGUCGGGAGUCGUUCCUGUAUAGGUCUGAUUCCGAUUUUGAAGUGUCGCCAAAGUCCAUGUCCAGGAACUCAUCCAUUGCCAGUGAAAGAUUGAAAGAGACUGAAGCCAUUUUGGAAAGAUCAACCCAUGGCGAAGAUCUCAUCGUUACACCGUUUGCACAAAUACUGGCGAGCCUACGAAGCGUCCGCAAUAAUUUCUUGAGCCUCACCAAUGUACCAUCACAAAAGUCUCGGAGAUCAUCAGGCGCCGCGGGCAACAGUACUCCACAAAGCCGAGUUGUCAAUCCCGGAGAUGACGCAUAUCUCAAAAUGUCCAUCGAGACUAUCGAGGAACUGGAUUGGUGUUUGGAUCAAUUGGAAACCAUCCAGACACAUAGAUCAGUUUCAGACAUGGCAUCGUCGAAGUUUAAAAGAAUGCUUAACAAAGAGCUUAGUCACUUCUCCGAGUCUAGUAAAUCCGGAAAUCAAAUAUCUGAAUACAUUUGUUCAACCUUUCUCGACAAACAACAAGAGCUGGAUAUACCGUCACUGCAUACCGACGAUAACCAACAGGACGAGGCGAGACAGAACAAGGCGUCGUCCUCUUCCGGCGCUUCGUCCAGUUCUCAGUCCGGCCCGCAGUCCAAGAAAAAAGUCACCAAAGUGACGCCAAUGUCGCAUAUAUCGGGCGUGAAGAGAGCCUUGUCGCACACAAACAGCUUCGCCGGCGAACGAUUGCCGAAAUUCGGCGUGGACACGCCCAAGGAAGAAGAAUUGGGACACACUUUGGCCGAAAUAGACAAAUGGGGUAUCGAUAUAUUCCGGAUAGCCGAUUUGACCAACAACCGGCCGCUGACGGCCAUAGCAUAUACCGUGUUCCAGAACCGAGAGCUAUUGAAAACGUUCAUGAUUCCUGCUAAAACGUUUGUUGCGUUCAUGAUGACCCUAGAGGACCAUUACGCCAAAGACAAUCCUUUCCACAACAGCACCCACGCGGCGGACGUCGUCCAGUCCACCAACGUCCUGCUGAACUCGCCGGCUUUAGAGAGCGUUUUUACUCCGCUGGAAAUCACCGCUGCCCUCUUCGCGGCCGCCAUACACGACGUCGACCAUCCCGGACUGACCAAUCAGUUUCUCAUCAACUCGAGUUCUGAAUUGGCUCUGAUGUACAACGACGAGUCCGUGCUCGAAAACCAUCAUUUGGCUGUGGCUUUCAAACUUUUACAAAACGACGGGUGUGACAUAUUCCAGAACAUCAACAAAAAACAAAGGCAAACUCUGAGAAAAAUGGUUAUCGACAUGGUACUUUCCACUGACAUGUCCAAACAUAUGAGCCUAUUGGCAGACCUCAAAACCAUGGUUGAAACAAAAAAAGUGGCCGGCUCUGGGGUAUUGUUGCUGGACAACUACACCGACAGAAUACAAGUCUUGCAAAACUUGGUACAUUGCGCGGACUUGAGUAACCCCACCAAACCGUUGGAACUAUACAAACGAUGGGUCGACCUGUUGAUGGAAGAAUUCUUCCAGCAGGGUGACAAAGAGCGAGAACAAAACCUGGACAUUAGUCCGAUGUGUGACAGGCACAGCGCUACGAUCGAAAAAUCGCAGGUCGGAUUCAUCGAUUAUAUCGUGCACCCUCUGUGGGAGACGUGGGCCGACUUGGUGCAUCCCGACGCCCAGGAAAUACUCGAUACCCUCGAAGAAAACAGAGAUUGGUACCAGAGUAUGAUUCCACCCAGCCCACCCAACGACGAGUCCGAAGACCGCGACAGCGGUGACGACGACGACUCCAAGCCCUCGGCUAGCGACCAGGACCCGAACAUCAGGUUUCACGUGACGCUCGAGGAAGGCGACGAAGACUCGGUGGCCGCGAUGUGACGCAAACUAGUCGGCUGGUGUCGCAAGCUGGGCGAAAAAGUCAACUCCUGGUGGAGGACCAAACAAUGAGCAAAACAACGAGCGACUCACCUCGUCCCCGUCUUUUGGCAACAAAAUAAUAAAUAUAAAACCACAACGCCCUUUGUCCCCCCCUCCCCCAAGAAUUACAUGGUGUGUCCGUGUAUCUGUGUGUGUGCGUGUGUAUACGUGUGUGUGUGCGUGUACGGAAUCUAUCCAAAACGCUUUUUUUUCUGUCUAUGUAAAAAAUAAAAACAAGUUUAAAAAAAGAUUAUGAUUAAUGAUAAUAAUAAACAAAAAACGAAAAAAAAAUUAAUUAACUGCAAAUUCCUUUAAUCUCAUUUACAUAAAUAGUUAUAUAUACAUGAUAAUAUAUAAAACACAGAUAAAAAAAAAAAAACACUUUAUUAUUAUUAAAAUUUUGAUGUAAUUUUGUUGUUAUACAUUUAGGUACGUAUUAUUAAUUAUUAAUUAAUGUUAGUUUGUGUUGUUCGGAGAGAGAAUUUGCUCGUUUGUUUUUUUUUUUUUUUUUUUUUUUUUUUUAUUAUUGAUUACCGUUUUCGUAGUUAUUCUUCUUUUGAUUUUUCAAAUAAUUAUCUGUCUUGUUUAGUCAUUAUUUUAAUAUUUAUUGAUGUUAUAGCUGUUUAAUAAACGAAAUGAUGUUAUAUAUAAGAAUAUAUACAAUUAACUAUUGUCAUAAUUAAUAGUUAUAUUAUUAAUCGUAUAUCUUUCGAACAUAUAAUUUUAAGUAAUACAAACAAAUGUAUAUCCCUGAAAAUGAACCUAACCUGAUUAAAACAUCAAGUGAAGAAGUAA